UUUAAAAAUAAAAGUCCAGAAAACAGACAAACCAAUACAAACAAGUAAACAAAGAAAAACAACAUGCCUCCAGUCCACAUCAGGAAAAUCUCCUCUCCAGAGCGGCUCAGCAGAAACCCGAGUCUCUGGCUCGCACUCGACGUGCUCUCUCAGGGACUUCCUUACUUGGCCUGGACGUAAUUGUGUCCCAACCUAAACAAGGGGUUAGUGUGAGAGCGUCGAGUCGGCUGGGCCUCGAGGAAGCGGCCGGGAUGGGGAUCGAGCCCCAGGGAGGCGCGAGUUAACCCCGCGACUCCCAUAUCAGCGAAUGCGAAAGGCAGGCGGAGGCGAGGAAUACGGCGAGGCUGGACUCAAACAAGUCACAGCGGGAGAAGAGGAGUACUGUGAGAGAAGGGGAGAGCCUUAGAUGAAAUAUGCAGAAGGGAGGGAGAGAGAGAGAGAGACAGCUGACUUCAGCAGGGGAACACUGGGCCUUCCUAUCUUCCCUGGUGUGACAGUGUUGACUAGAUCAGAAUGAAGGACCAGUCUGGUGGGCCCCAUAUGUUAGGUUGGAGUGGAUGGGCCUCUCAGGAGACCUCCUGGAAUGAGCGUCCCGGAGAGAAUGCACGUGUGCUCGAACAUCCUGGAGAGAGCGCACGUGUGCUGGAGCAUCCUGGAGAGUGCACACGUGUGCUGGAGUAUCCUGAAGAGAGCGCACGUGUGCUGGAGCGUCCUGAAAAGAGUGCACACGUGUGCUGGGGCGUCCUGGAGGGAACGCACUCGUGUGCUGGAGUGUCCUGGAGAGAGCACACACGUGUGCUGGAGCAUCCUGGAGAGAGUGCACGUGUGCUGGAGAGCGCACGUGUGCUGGAGAGUGCUGGAGCAUACUGGAGAGGGCGCACGUGUGCUGGAGCAUACUGGAGAGGGCGCACGUGUGCUGGAGAGUGCUGGAGCAUACUGGAGAGGGCGCACGUGUGCUGGAGAGUGCUGGAGCAUACUGGAGAGGGCGCACGUGUGCUGGAGAGUGCUGGAGCAUACUGGAGAGAGCGCACGUGUGCUGGAGAGUGCUGGAGCAUACUGGAGAGAGUGCACGUGUGCUGGCUUUGGCUAGGGGAGCAUGUGCUCCAUCUGAGGAUUAUGAUUUAGCCUGGUCCUAAUCUGGUGAGCACUAGGUAGAUGUGAUUUAGAGAAGAACAGUAAGGCUCAGUUGUGAAGUGUUGUAUGUGCUCAUUGGGUUACUAAGUGCAAAGUGACCCAGUCACAAUGGAGGCGGGGUCAAAAUCUUAAAUGUCCUCUUUGUGUGUCUGUGAGAGUAAAUAUGUGUAUGUGUGUGUGCUUGUCUUUUAGUGUGUGACAUUAGUGCUUACAGAUGCUGAGAUGAAAGAGUGUGUGUGUCCUGUGUCAUAGAGGAAGCUGCUGAGAGCUUCCUGCCGUUAUGUUGUUACACACAUCAGAAGCAGCCAGAUGCAUUAUGCAGUGCAUUAUGGGAAGUUUACUGAGAGAGCCCCCCCCACUCUCCGGCACUGAUUAAAAAAAGACACCACCACAGACACUAAAACACUAAGCAGGAGUGCUUUAUUAUGGUGUAUAAUUGAAAGAUUACAUACAUUUUGGAUUAUGGGGAGCCACUAUAAUGCAGCAUCCCUCCCCCACAACAGACCAUUCUCCCUGAGAACACGCAUGUAGGGAGAGAUUACAUCCACACUCAUUCCACUCUAGAUCUUUAUUUACUUGUCAACAGACCUCUGAGGCAGCUCCAGACCAGAUGGCGGCUACAGCCCUGCUCUGCUCGCUGUAGCAAUCCGACGCGUCACUAAAUAUUUACAGCGGACCACCAGGUUAAAGUAGGAGACUGGGAGUUGACACAGGCAGAAGAAAGACACCUACUACUGUGAGCAUGUGUGACUGUAUGGUCCUCUCCAGGAAUGACAAGAACUGCAAAACAUAUGAAUAAAACACAAUUUUUUUCCCUA